ACUAUCUGUUACAAAUCUUAUUUAACUCUAUUUUAUUUUAUGGUUUAGGUAAAAUAAACCUUUCUUUAGCAAAAACAACAUCCUAAAUAUAAAACAAAAGAGGUAUCUGAUUUAAUUACCUAUGGAAAUAGCACUAUGGCUUUAUUGUUUCAAACUCAACAUUAUACUCAUCAUAUGUAAGUCAUUGCUGCAUUGGAAGAUGAAGAAAGAGGCAUACACAAAAUCAAGUGUCUUCUUUCAGGUAUUACUUGAAAAGUCCUUAUGACCAACAUGAGUUGGAGCUUUCUCACUCGACUACUAGAAGAAAUACACAACCAUUCAACAUUUGUGGGAAAAGUAUGGUUGACUGUACUGAUAAUAUUUCGUAUUGUACUGACAGCUGUUGGAGGAGAAUCUAUCUAUUCUGAUGAACAAACCAAGUUUAUCUGUAACUCUAAACAACCAGGAUGUGACAAUGUGUGCUAUGAUGCAUUUGCACCACUGUCCCAUGUCAGAUUUUGGGUCUUCCAAAUUAUUAUGAUAUCCACACCUUCUAUCAUGUAUCUGGGUUAUGCCAUUCACAAGAUUUCACGUUCCUCUGAAGAAGAGCGAACAAAGUUCAAAAAUUGUAACAAAAAACAACAUUCUAGCCAAUGGAGGAAUACACAUAAUUUGGAUGAAUUACUAGUAGAAGAAGAAGAACCCAUGAUUUAUGAAGAUACACUCGAUGUUCAGGAUGCUAAACAAGAGAGUAAAGUCCAGAUUAAAGAACAGCAGAAACAUGAUGGACGACGUAGAAUCAUGCAAGAAGGUCUUAUGAGAAUAUAUGUAAUACAACUUUUAGCUCGAGCCAUUUUUGAACUAGGUUUCCUUGGUGGUCAGUACCUACUAUAUGGAUUUAGAGUAAGCACUUCCUAUGUCUGCUCUAAAACUCCAUGCCCUCAUCAGGUAGACUGCUUUGUUUCAAGGCCCACAGAGAAGACAAUCUUUCUUUUAAUUAUGUAUGUAGUUAGCUGUCUUUGUCUCCUGCUAAACAUUUGUGAGAUGUUCCAUUUAGGUAUUGGCACCAUCAGGGAUAUAAUCCACAAUCGACAAAACAAGUCCAAACAUUACUCUUGCAGCUAUUCUUAUCCUAGAAAUAUUCCUGCAUCUCCUCCAGGAUAUAACUUAGUUGUGAAGUCAGAUAAAAACAGCAAAAUUCCUAACAGUUUAAUAACUCACGAACAGAACAUGGCCAAUGUUGCUCAAGAGCAGUGUUCUAACAGUCCUGAUGAAAAUAUCCCAUCUGACCUGGUAAGCCUACAUAGGCACCUAAAGGUUGCCCAAGAGCAACUUGACAUGGCCUUCCAAACCUACAACAGCAAGAGCAAUGCACAGCCUUCAAGGACAAGCAGUCCAGCAUCAGGAGGGACUUUAGUGGAACAGAACAGAGUUAAUGCAGCACAUGAAAAACAAGGUGCUAGGCCGAAAUCAAGCAUAGAAAAGCCAGAAGCUGUUAAAAAAGAUGGAAAAACAUCUGUGUGGAUUUAAAUACAGCACAACACUGUACAUUGCCAUGUUAACAUUUAUUUUUGAGUUCAAAACAGUAAUUGUCAGCCGGAUUUCAGCAUGGACUUUUUAUAAAUAAUUACCUUUCCUGUAACUGUUCUGCAGAUUUUAGAUAUUUUAGGAUAAAUAAAGACUGAGUGUUUGAAUGACUGAUGGAAAUGACUAUGCCUAAUCACUCUUACAUCUAAAUUAUUUCCUUUUCAUCAUGAUAUAGAAAGACUAUGUUAAAUAAUUUCAUUUGUGCAAAUAAAGUUGGUUCCUUGAUGAAUACAUAGAUAUGUAUAAAGUACAUAAAUAUUGUGACACAAACCAAAGUAACAACCCUGCCUAUUGAUAACAGAGGGCACUGCUAGAAGAAUUUCUGCCUUA